AAUGUCAAACGUCAACAAACGUCAAACAGCACGAAUGAUAAAUGUUGACAAAUGGCAAGUUUUGUUUACGUUUCUGAGUUUCAACUACAAACGUUCAAUGCUUUGGCAAAAUUAAAUUAAUUAAAAAAUACGGACGGCGAUAAAAACUUUAUAUUGAUAAAAAAAAAUCAAAAUGGAGAACUUGAAAAAUAUUUGGAAACCAGAGUUGUAUCGUAUUCAAAUGGAAGCUCCUGUACCGAAGCGGGUUCCUUGUGACCAUUGUCCGGAUAGACCUAAGUUUUACGGGAAAGAAUUUCAUGGCAUUCUAGGACAUAAGGAAGCCACACUGUUGUUAGAAAAUGAACCGAACGGUGCCUUCUUGAUUAGAAAAGGGAAUCCCUACAACGACUUUUACACACUGACUUGGAGAUUCAAUGACAAAGUUCAUCAUUAUAAACUUUACUAUGAUGGAACACAUUACAUAAAAGAUAAACGUUAUGACACUAUAUAUGACCUUGUUGCGGAUGGACUCAUUACCUGCCACAUGGAGAUAAAAGCUCAUCAUAUACUGGAGAUGAUCAACUCAAGGGCCAAUUACACGGACAGCCCGUAUGUGACGUUAAAUAGAAGAAAAUUAAAUACAUUAUCUAAAAUACAACAAGCUUCGAACAAGUCAAGUCCAAUAUUAAACAGAAUUGAAUCGAAAAUCACUGAAGUUGAUUCAUCUAUAAAGCCAAUCUGCGAACUCACUCCCACUAUAGAAAAUAAUCCAUUAGUCAUUAAAUACUCAAAAUCACACAAUUUUCGUGUCCACACGUUCAAAGGGCUAAACUGGUGUGAAUUCUGCGCCAAUUUUCUAUGGGGUUUCACUGCACAGGGAGUGAAAUGUGAAGAUUGCGGCUUCAUAGCUCAUUCGAAAUGUUCGGAACGCGCUCCUAAUCACUGCGUCCCCGAUCUAAAGAAGCUACGCGGUGUCUUCGGCAUAGAUCUGACGACGCUCCUGAAUGCGCAUUCCAGUACGAUGCCGUUCGUUGUGACGAAGUGUGUGAACGAAAUAGAAUCUAGGGGAAUGGACUCUGAAGGCAUAUACAGGGUGUCCGGUUUCGCUGACGAAAUUGAGGCAUUGAAAUUGGCCUUUGAUCGAGACGGUGAAGCAACGGAUCUCAGCGUGUACAGCAACAUAAACGUAAUAGCGGGAACUCUGAAACUUUAUUUACGGUUAUUGCCCGUGCCGUUGAUCACAUACGAAGUCCACCCCAAGCUCGUAAUGGCGAUACAACCGAAGACUAUCCCGCAGCAGAUAAUGAUGCUGAGGCAGUGUCUGGAGCCGCUGCCGCCUGCUCACUUCAACUGUCUUCAGUACAUGAUGCAGCAUUUACACAGGGUGUCCCAACAAGCAGAGGUUAAUAAGAUGAGCGCUCACAAUUUGAGUACCGUUUUCGCGCCAACACUAGUAGCUACUCCGCCCGCCAUCACCGACCUAGCCUUCGAGAUUCGAGCUCUUCAGAUAUUGAUUGAGCACUGUCCACAAAUAUACCAAGACUCAAAGUGAUAAACGUCAAUAAUUGUCUAUGGUACGUCAAUAGGGUCCCUGCACGAUCAAAGUGUUGCCAGAUACGUAAAUUUUUAAUUAUCGAUUUUUUUAUCGUCUCGGAUCUAUCUAAAAAGUUGAGAACGAUACAAAACAAUAUCAUAGUUUAAAACGAAAUUCAAAUGUAAAUGUAAUUGAAAAAGUUUUAGACCAAAUAAUUCUGUGAUUUUUCUUCAUAUUAUAAUAAACAUCACUUAUUUCAAAAAUACAGUAGAUUAUUUGUUUGUAUCUACCAAACAUUAUUCGUAUCGAGCACAAAUGACUUUCACAAUCUAUUAUUAUAUUUAAGUAUAUCGAUACUAAAUGUAAAAGCAUUUAUAGAUUUAAGAUAAUGUAACAUAAUCUCACAAAUUAUCUUCUAAGUACAUUAUAAUAUAUUAUAACGUGCAAUAUAAUUUUAUACUUAAUGAUUUCAAGAAGACACUCAACGAAAAACUAUGCAAGUGCCAAAUGUUUUAACACAAGAUGCUCUUCCAGUCGGUGUUAUGUUAACUUGGGUUUUCUUGCCGGAUCGUCUCAGUGGGUCGCGAUUCCGAUCCGGUGGUAAAUUCAGCGAAGCACUGCUCUUGUUAGGGCCAGUGUUGGAAACCGUGCCACUAGGCACAGUGUUAGACUGUUUUAUUUGAGGGGACUGGGCUCUGGAGGUGAGGGGCUAUUUUAAAACACUGACUUCAUGUCGCAUAUUCAUUAAAAAGAAAAAAGGAUUUUCACUAAACUAGACCUACCUUCAAUCGUUUAUAAAUGUUUUAGUAAAUUUAUUAGCUAACCGAGGUAAGCAAUAAAAUGUUUUUCGUAGUAAUAUAGUUUGUUUAAAUCUAAAAACGGAUAAUAAAGAGGGUAGACAGAUAAGCCUGCUCCUAACAGUUCUACGACUUUUUGGCGGGAACGCGAAGAGUGAAAUUGUGUGAUUUGUUUUAUUUUGUCUAUUUAAUGUUUCUUCAGGUUUAAAUGUGUAAUAACGGUGGUUUAUUAACUGUUUAAUAUCUGUGCAAGUGCACAAAUGUGGGAAAAUGAAACAAAAAGUCCACUGAAGUCGUCGUGGCCUAAAGGAUAAGACUUCCGGUACAUUCGUAUGUAGCGAUGCACCGGUGUUCGAACCCCGUAGGCUGGUACCAAUUUUUCUAAUGAAAUACAUACUCAACAAAUGUUCACGAUUGACUUCCACGGUGAAGGAAUAACAUCGUGUAAUAAAAACCAAACCCUCAAAAUUAUAAUUUGCGUAAUCACUGGUCGUAGGACCUCUUGGGAGUCCGCACGGGUAGGUACCACCACCCCGCCUAUUUCCGCCGUGAAGCAGUAAUGUGUUUCGGUUCGAAGGGUGGAGUAGCCGUUGUAACUAUACUGAGACCUUAGAAAUUAUCUCGAGGUGGAUGGCGCAUUUACGUUGUAGAUGUCUAUGGGCUCCAGUAACCACUUAACACCAGGUGGGCUGUGAGCUCGUCCAUCCAUUUAAGCAAUAAAUUUUAGUAAAUGACCACCAUUUUACUGAGAUUAUAUUUCAUCCCAUAUCAUCUCAUCUCAUUUCAUUUAAUUUCAUCCCAGUUGAUUAAUGUCUCAAAUUAAUCAUCUUCAUUUAAUUUCACUCCAUAAUAUCAUUUUUCAUAAAAAUACGAAUAUAAAUUAAGACAUGACUUAAAGGUCUUAGUUACCAGGUCAUAAAAUACCUUUAAAAAAAAACGGUUCUACGCAGUCGUCAGUCUACCCGCGAUCACAGUCACAUCACCUCGGCACCGUUAUGAAAUCUAGACCCAUUAUAACUGCCGACCCGUUGCACAAUAGGAUAAACAAUUAUAUUCAUUUAUAUAUUAAUAAUAUCACUAGGUACAUAUGUCCAGAGAAAUUACAAUAAAACAAACUAGUCGGUAAAUAUGAAGUGGACAUUUCGAAUCAGUCAGACACCGAAUCAGUCUGUUAUAGACUAUUCAUUUUCCAUAACGGCCCCAUAAACUGCGUGAAUUGCUAAUAGAGCAUUAUUUUUUCGUUAAUGAUGUCUUAUUGAAUACUUUUGUCAUAUUAUUAUAAAUCGUUUAAAGGUAUAAGAUUCAUUUUGAAUGUAUUUUUUUUAAUUUAUUUUUUUAUUGCCUUUGUAGGCAGACGAGCAUACGGCCCACCUGAUGGUAAGUGGUCACCGUCGCUCAUGGACGUCAGCAAUGCCAGGGGCAGAGCCAAGCCGCUAUUAUUAUUAAUGUAUUAAAAUUGUGAUAUAGGAAUUGGAUCUUUUUAAAAGAAUAAUCGUAUUUAAACCAUUCCAGGUUGUCAUCUAUGUUUUAGUUUUAAGAACCAUUAUAAUAUUUUACUUUAUGUACAAUAAUUAAAAUGUGUGUUGUGAAAA